AUGUCUCAGCUCAACAGGAGAGACGAGUUAGCUACACAUGAACGACUUGGAUUGCAGGAUGUCCCAACUCAAAUAUCACCCACUUGUGGUUACCAGGACGGCAAUCCAUCGAAAACCCGGACUGUUGCUCCACCCUUUGACUGUCGCAUUGAUACUGUGAAUGGUCUAUGGGGUUUUUGCAUCACGGAUAUGAAUCUCAGCGAUUGUGGACUGGCUGGAGUUUGCACGGAUGGAGCGAAGUGCUCUAUGGGCUGUGGAAUGAUAGGAUACGAACACACGAUCUCUUGCUCAGAGUCGGAUUAUGGUUAUUGCUCUACGGCACUUAUCUAUAUAAGUGAAUACGAGACGACCUAUACAUAUCUCGCCUGCGGUGGACUUGAUACAACAGAUACCUACCUCCUCACAACUACAGAAGAGUUGGUUUCUUCGACAACAAGCAGUACUAUAACAAGUUCGGGCUUAGAAAGCACGCAGGAUAGCUCAACAAGCUCAGCAGAAUCGCCAUCAUUAUCAUCAUCUUCAAAAACCACCAAAUUUGACUUAGGCCCGGAGUCCACUACAACAAGUCAGCAAUCCUCAACGGACUCGACGAGUACUAAUAUAGGUGCUAUUAUCGGCGGUGUGUUGGGUGGGUUGGCCCUUGUCUGCGGUACGGUGGUGGCCGUGGUCUAUAUCCUGCGACGGAACCGGCGGCCGCAGCACAUGGGUCAGGGGGAAGCGAUCAAGCACAACAACCAGAUUCAACACAACCAUUUCCGAAAGGAUUGGCAGCGCCGGGUCCGAACCCACUUCGACCAGCCUACCCAGAAGAUCCGCCGUCGCUCUCUGCGUCGUGCUAAGGCUGCUGCCGUCGCUCCCCGACCUGUCGACAAGUUGAGACCCGUCGUCCGAUGCCCGACCAUCAAGUACAACCGCCGUGUUCGUGCUGGACGUGGUUUCACUCUGACUGAGCUGAAGGAAGCUGGUAUCCCCCGCCUCGUGGCCCCUACCGUCGGUAUCUCCGUAGACUACCGCCGACAGAACCUUAGCGAAGAGUCUCUCGUCGCCAAUGUCGCUCGCCUUAAGGCUUACAAGGAACGAUUGAUCGUAUUCCCCCGCAAGGGUGCUAAGCACCCCAAGGCCGGUGACAGCAAGGACAUCGACCUCAGCAACACCGAGACUGUCUCCACUGUUGGAGCCACCCUACCCAUCAUCCCCGUGGCUGAGGGCAUUUCAGAGAUCAAGAAGAGCGAUCUGCCCAAGGCGAUCGAGGGUGGUGCUUUCGCGAAGCUCCGCAAGGCGAGGAGCGAAGCCAGACUACAAGGUGUGCGGGAGAAGCGAGCCAGAGACAAGGCUGAGGCUGAGGCCAACAAGAAAUAA